UAGUGGGAUCACCAAUUGGUAAUCCAGACCGUUGAUCUGUUGAUUCCCUCCGUUAUCACAUAAGCCCCAAAGACUGGAAAAUCGAAGUGAUCAAUCUUCUGACUUUUGUUUUUCGGAAUUAACGAGGGUCAAUGUUCAAGUCUGUUCUUAACCAUUUAUCCGGAGGCGAUAAGUUGAGAAACCAGUAUCUACGGGGGGACACAAAAGACCAAUGGUCUGGAUUACCGAAUGGUGGGCCCCAUUGUCAGAUCGAGAACGCCCUGGAGCGUGGAAAGAUGCGGAUCGAAUAUCAUAUGGUAGCUAGACACUUUUGGUGACGCCAAGGUUGAGAGAGAGAGAGAGAGAGAGAGAGAGUCCCGCCCGUUCUGCUGCCCGUUCUGCUAAGCGUCUGUUGGAAUGUAUUCUGAUCUGAUUGUAGCUAUACAUGCAGCCUGAUUUCAAUGGAUUCUACCACACUUUUGGGGCAGGAAGAAAUCGUGGCGCUCACGGGAAACCCAUACUUUUCGUGCAUUAUUUCACAGUCACAUAUCAAAUCGCCAUAUCAGAUGAUGCUCCCACGAAAGUUCCAUCAUUUGCUUCCGUCAGCUGUUGUUCCUGCAAUUCUCAACUGCCGAGGCAAGAGCUGGGAGAUGCUUUACUAUGGAGACCGAUCGUUUAACCGGUUUGAUAUCAGCUGGAAAAAAUUCGCAACUGGAAACAAUCUGGAGGUUGGGGAUGCUCUGGUUUUCGAACUCAUGGACAGUAAGAAGUUGGAGUUUAGGGUGCAGAUUCUCAAGGGAAGGAUCCCAACUGCUGUUGGGGACCCAGAUGGGUGUAGCUCGGCUACACCCAUUGUAAUUGACUAACAUAAGAGUCUGCUGUUAGAUUUUUGAGUGAAUUGGAUGUGUAUUAACAGAAUUCUAACUACAAUGGCUACCAUAUAUAUGUAUGUAUAUGUAUAUAUUGCCUA